UAACACCGCGAUAGCGCACCAAGCAUCGAUGUAGUUUUUACAUCCCUAUUCUGCAAUAUUAUUUCACGGCACGGUCCAAACACACGAAUAACAGGGCUUGGUUGGAGUCGCGCAAACGCAAAUAGAAGCCAUGGACGUUGCCCCCGCACCGCCCGCCAGUUCCGGCGGCGAUCAUAGCACCCAGCAGGCGCCGAUCAGUCCGAAUCAAAAUCCAAACCAAGCGCCGGCCGCACUCGCAAAGGCAACAAUCGAAAAUGGUGUACAAACAGGAGGAGCGAAAAAGCCAGAGAGCUGCGGUGAGAAAGCCCCCGCCGCAGAACCGACACAUUCCACUGGGGCUGUCCAGAAGGACGACCGGGACGAGGGCAAGCCGAAGACCGAGCUGGCUGACAAAGUAUUAAUUACCAUAUGCAGCGCCGAUCGCAAGAUCAAGAAGACCUUCAUGUCGUUGCCCACUCGAAAGGAUGUAAUCGACAAAGCUCAUAAAUACGGCCUGUGCGGCAACACAAUUGUCCUGGAGAGCAACGGCUGCGAGAUCUGCGAGGACGACGUGCUCUUGUUCGCCGCCAAGGAGAAGAUUCUGUUGAUGCUCCUCGCCGAGUCGGAGGAGUAUGUGGUGCUUCCUCCGCCAUCUCCCCUCAACCGAUCCGAACGCGCCGGCAGCUCGGUGGAUCCCAGCUUCUAUGCCAACAAUAGUAUUGUGUCGAACCCGAACGAUUCGACGGUCUCUAAUGACGAGACCAUGUCGCUGUCCAGCGUAACGCCAUCAAGUGCAAAGAGUUCUGCUUUAUUCAAGGAGUUCUCAAUACCCUGGAGCAAGGUGCCUGGGGACAUAAUGAAACUACUGAAGGGAAAAGGAAGUUUGGGCAAGCGCUUGAAUACACUGGCAAAUGUUUUGGUGGAGGCUCUCCGUGAAAUAUCCGCCCACAUUCCCAUACGGAUUUUCCGACAGGUCGCCCAGCAGGCGGCUGAAAAGUACCCCGACUCCUUACUCGAAAAAGACCGCGAGGGACAGUUUAUAGCCACCACUCCGCAAUCGCUCAUAUCCAAGAUGAUCAACCGGAACAAUGCACUAAACAAACCCCAGAAACGCGGCAGCUCAGGAACCUUUGAGAUCCACAUCCCUAAUAAAAAACGAAAAUUCGGAGGUGGUGCUUCCAAUGGUGAUGCAAAAUCGCUAGCUCUCAACAGGGAUUUGGAGCACAAAAAGGAGUUACUAAUCUCCAGCUACCGAGGCAGUUCCCCACUGGAACCGUCCGUCAUAAUCGAAUACAUGAAAGAGUGCUUCCCGCUGCAGCGCUCCUUUUUUAAUAACAGCGAAAAGAUCCCGGAUAUAACGGCCAUUAAGGACAAUUGGCCAUAUAUUUUUGACAAGGCUGUGCUGUACCAGCACUUUGAGCUGCUUAUGUCCAUCGAUCCCCGGGCUCUAGAGAAGCGCUUGGCUAGCGAAAAGGAUCGCUUUUUCAGGUUUUUUAAGAGUUCGAAGAACAAGAAGAUCAGCGCUUUGGAGGAGACCAACGCUAAUUUCCUGCGUGGCAUAGCGUACUAUUUCAAUGAGGAUCCCGACUACAUUUUCAAGCACCUCGACAGCAGUUCCCUUAGUAAGGAAUCACUGCAAAGCACGAAUCCCACAAACGCCCCCUGGGUGGCUCUAGUCAAUUCACCCAUAACAACCACCGACGGCGUGGAAUCGCAAAUGGAGGCGAAGGUCUAUAUCGAAGGUCAGAUAAUGGCAACAUUCGCUGCCAAAGACGAAGACCUGCCGGACAUUCUGGCCCAGUUGAUCUGCUACUACUAUACCUUUAACAUGAUGUACCCUAAGGAAGCCAAUCAAACACUCGAAUUUAUCGUCGUUUACUUUCUGCAGCACUCGCCGGAACAAGUGCGAUCGGGCAAAAAAUCGGUGACCACCAACGGCAAGUUUAACCACCUUAUCGCCAAGCUUUCCAAUGUACAUGGCUGAAAUUGCAUUUGGACGAUUUUUGGCUGGAACCAUGGCGCAGCGGGCGCCGCUUCAAUCUCCUCUUGCUCCUCCCAACGGAGGAGGAGCCGAACUCUGUUUAGUUUAUUUAUUUUCGCCGACCUAUUCCACAUGUAUUUGUACCACUAUUUUUAAGAUUUGCAUAAAGUGUGUAGUAAUGUUGUGUAUACAUUUCUGAUUUGUCACCCGA